AAUUGGCAACAAUAUCCCGCGCAAUCCUGCUCAGUGUUGUUAUCAUUUAUCAGCUGUUUCAUCUCAGUUUUGCUCAGUUUAAUAAAUUAUUUAAUUUGUGUUGUGCAAAAAUAAAUAAAGUUUAAAUAAUGGCACAUAUUAAUGAAUUUGAGGAUUAUAGAAGUCCAUUUUCAACUCGUUUUUCUUCCAAGGAAAUGAGAUUUAACUUUAGUGAGCAAAAUAAAUUUAGUACAUGGCGUCGUCUUUGGGUUUUACUUGCAAAAGCUGAAAUGGAAUUGGGUCUUCAAAUAACUCGUGAACAAAUUGAUGAAAUGGAAGCAAAUGUAAACAACAUUGAUUUUUCAGCAGCUGCAAAAGAAGAAAAAGCAACUCGUCAUGAUGUUAUGGCACAUGUUCAUGUAUUUGGUGAACAAUGUCCAAAAGCUGCACCAAUAAUUCAUCUUGGUGCAACAAGUUGUUAUGUUGGUGAUAAUACUGAUCUUUUAAUACUUCGUUCUGGAUUUGAUAUUAUUCUUCCAAAGAUAGCUGGUGUUAUUAAGAGAUUAGCUAGUUUUGCUGAUGAAUAUAAAUCACUUCCAGCACUUGCUUAUACUCAUCUUCAACCAGCUCAACUAACAACUGUUGGUAAAAGAGCAACUCUAUGGAUUCAUGAUUUAUUAAUGGAUGAACGUGCAAUAAAACGUGCUAGAAAUGAUUUAAAAUUUCGUGGUGUUAAAGGUACAACUGGUACACAAGCAUCAUUUUUACAAUUAUUUGAUGGUAAUGAUGAAAAAGUUAAAAUGUUAGAUUCACUUGUAACUAAAAUGGCUGGUUUUGAUAAUUAUUAUUCUGUUACUGGACAAACAUAUAGUAGAAAAGUUGAUGUUGAAUGUUUAAAUGCACUUGCAUCACUUGGUGCAACUGUAAAUAAGAUAUGUAGUGACAUUAGAAUAUUGGCAAGUAAUAAAGAACUUGAAGAACCAUUUGAAAAAACUCAAAUUGGCUCAAGUGCAAUGCCAUAUAAAAGAAAUCCCAUGAGAUCUGAACGUUGUUGUGGUAUUGCUCGUCAUUUAAUGACAAUUGUUGGUAAUGCACUUCAAACAGCAGCAAAUCAAUGGAUGGAAAGAACUCUUGAUGAUUCAGCAAAUCGUCGUAUAUCAUUAUCUGAAGCAUUUCUUGCUGCUGAUGCUGUUCUUAUGACAUUACAAAAUAUAACUGAAGGUUUAGUUGUUUAUCCAAAAGUUAUUGCUAGACGUAUUGCUCAAGAAUUACCAUUUAUGGCUAGUGAAAAUAUUAUUAUGGCUAUGGUUAAAGCUGGUGGUGAUAGACAAAUUUGUCAUGAAAAAAUUCGUGUAUUAUCACAUGAAGCAGGGGCACAAGUUAAACAACAUGGUCUUGAUAAUGAUUUAAUUGAACGUAUUAAAAAUGAUGUAUAUUUCAAGCCAAUACUUGAUCAACUUGAUACACUAUUGGAUCCAUCAACAUUUGUUGGACGUUCACCACAACAAGUUACUGAAUUUCUUCAGGAUGAAGUUUAUCCUAUCUUGGAUAAUUAUAAAAAUUGUGGACAAGGAACAGUUGAAUUAUGUAUUUAAAAAUAAUUGAGACAAUUCAAAUACAAAUUAACAAUUAAUAAUCAAUUUUAUUUUUUUAUUUUUUUAACAACAAUGUUUAAUUAUUAAUUUUUUUUUUUUUAACUGUGAUAGAUCUGUGUGAAAUUGAAGAUAGAAAAAGUCAUGGAAAUAAGAGUUAAGACAAAGUGACGAAAUGAAAAAAGAAGAAAUUGUUUUUUUGCAUAUUUUUAUUGGAAAAAGAAAUAGAGACUGUACAAAUAGAUAAGGUAAAGAAAUUUUAAACUGAAAAGAAUUAUUAGAACAGAAGAAAAAAUUAAAGUUUUAAUUGAGAAUAAUUUUUUAACAAUGAAAAAGUAAUAGUACAAGAAAUUUAUAGUGAGACUAGAAGAAAUAGUGGUAACUUUUUAAUAAAACAAAAAUAAUCAAACAGAAAAUAAAAGGGGAAAAAAAAAUAAUAUAAUAGUCAAUAGAAGAAAAAUAAAAUAGAGAAAAUUAAGAAAUUAAAAUCACAGCGUUGAACUUGAGAGUUCGUAGAAAAAUAAAAUAUAGCUUUUGGUUUAAGUUUGAUUGAUAAGAAAAGAAAAGAAAAAUAAAAACAUUGAGAAGUGAAAAUUAAA